CUUCAAUAUAUCAUGCGCCCUCCCACCUCGCUCGAAGACCUUCUUUACCAGACGUUGAUGAAAUCAGCGUCAUUCCACAAGUUUGUGCAGACGAUCCACGCCAAAAUCAACGGUAUCCCGCCGCCAGGGCGUCAGCCCGCUGCCGAAGACGUGCGGUACCAGUACUCGACCUUUGCACCGACCCCUGUGCAAAAAAUCACAGCCUUUAGGAAAGUCUGGUGGGUAGAGUUCAAGCACUGUAUGGGGCUCAAAUAAUGUCCAAGUAAGCUUGGUUUGGGUGGAGGCAUUUACCAACCUCCACAGUCUCGGUCCCCCCCGUACUCAUAUUUUGUUACAGCAUCC